AUGCGUCUGCCAAGCUUUCUUCUUGCCCUGCCCCUAGCAGCGGCGACAAUUCAGGACAUCAUCCAAACCCGGGAUGACGAGAAUGCCGGAGGUACUCCGUCCCCGGUGAUCAAAAGGUUCAUUGUUGAGGCAGAACCGGGUACCCCGUUGGCCGACCUGUCGCGGAAAAUUGAGGCGAACGGUAUCAAGGUCUUGAAAACCUUUGACUCGGAUGUCUUUGCUGGGCUCAGUAUCGAGACUGAACAUGAAAAUGUGGACUCUCUGCAGGAGGUCACCGAAGUAGCACGAGCUUGGCCUGUCAACAGGUUCAAGCUAGCAGCUGUCGACGUAUCUGCCUUAAGCCAUGAUGCCAUGGCCGGGAAUUGGUCUGUACACCAGGCCACCGGAGUAGACAAGCUUCAUGAGGCGGGACUAUUUGGCAAAGGGGUCAAGAUUGGUGUCAUCGACUCAGGGAUCGAUUACAAUCAUACAGCACUCGGUGGAGGAAUUGGGCCUGGGUUCAAGGUCAUCGGUGGUUAUGACUUGGUUGGCCAGAAUUACAACGGCAAGAAUGCCAAGGUGCCUGAUGAUGACCCAAUGGACACAAUCGGUCACGGUACUCAUGUUGCUGGCAUUAUUGCUGCCAAAAGCGAGCAUAACGUCGGUGUUGCGCCAGAGGCGACGCUGCUGGCAUUCAAGGUUUUCGGAGCUGUGGACGGAACUGAUGAGGAUUCAUUGGUUGAUGCAACCCUCAUGGCGUAUGAGGCUGGUGUCGACAUAAUUACAGCAAGUGUGGCUCGCGCAGCGGGCUUUUCUGACGGUCCAUGGGCCUCGAUCUGCUCGAGAAUUGUUGACAAGGGCGUUGUCGUUACCGUUGCGGCGGGAAACGACGGAGAAAACGGACCUUUUUACGCAAGCAGUGGCUCCUCUGGAAACAACGUAUUGGCUAUCGCUUCAGUCGAAACAGGUGUUGUUCCUGCGCGUCCGUGGAACGCAAAGUUCUCACUUGACGGAAAGUCCGACAAUGUGCAGCUGGGCUACAUCCCAUCCGUCAACCGCCCUUUAUGGAACAUCACCGGUCUGCCAAUCGUCGCCAUCACUCUCAAUGCAUCAGUACCAGAUGACGCCUGCAAACUUCCAGCCGAUACACGAGACCUUUCCGGUUCUGUUGUUCUCGUUCGGAAAGGCGCUUGCAAUCUGUACGACAAGCAAGACAAUCUGGAAAGGUUUGGUGCUCGUUGGAUUCUCCUCUACAACAAUGACGACAGGCCGUUCUCGACAGUCAUGACCUCUACCCGCAAGUCUCAGAUGGUCAUGAUCGACUCAAAGACCGGUGCCACUAUCAUCGACGCCAUCAAGGCCGGGGCUAAUGUCACAGUUGACUUCACUGUCCCCAGAGAUGACUCUUGGCGAGUAGGUUUUAAUGACGUUGCCAGAGGUAUCCCUUCUUACACCACGAGCUGGGGGGCCACCAACGAACUACAAAUCAAGCCAGAUAUUGCCGGUCCCGGUGGCAAGAUUUGGAGCACUGCGCCCGGUAACAAAUUUGCACAAAUGAGUGGAACCUCAAUGGCGACGCCUUACAUCGCUGGAGUGGCUGCGCUGUACAUUAGCAAGUUUGGGGGCCGUUCUGUUCAUGGAUCUGGAUUCGCUAAGCAGCUCGGAGACCGCAUCAUUGCCAGCGGUACUUCGGUUCCCUGGCAGAUUUUCGAAGCAGUCGGCUUGCCCAAAGACUUUGGCUUCCUGGCACCAGUUGCUCAGGUUGGGUCCGGCUUUAUUAACGCCACGAAGGUCUUGGAGUAUCAGACAACUCUGUCGUUCGAAAGGUUCAACCUUAACGACACCAAUAACUUUGAGCGAUACCACAAGGUGGACAUCACGAACAAGGGCGACAAGGACGUCACCUAUACCUUCCGACUUGAGCCGGCCGGUGGCUUUAAUGCCCAAGGGCGUACUCCUGGGCUCCUUGGCGAUAUCCUCGACACGCGCCCGAGUAGCAUGGUUCCGCGUGUGACCUUUCCAAGUGGAACCUUCCGCGUGCGGGCGGGCGAGACAAAGACGGCCCAGUUCAACUUCAUGUACCCCGAGGUCGCAGAUACAUCGCUGUUGCCAAUUUACAGUGGCAAAGUCAUCAUCGAUGGAAGCAAUGGCGAGAGUCUCGGCAUACCAUAUCUCGGUGCGGCUUUCGACCUCAAAAAGAGCCUCAGGCGUAACCUGUUCCCGGCAUCUUACCCCUCCGCUCGCAGUGGCCCGAAGGGGGAGGGCAUCGACAAAUACCACAGCUUCGCCUUCAACACAAGCAGGGCAGCUCAGGACUUCCCGAAAGUCUAUGCCCAGUUCCGAUGGGGAGUGAAGGAGCUUCGCUGGGACAUCUAUGACACAAACUACCAGGAAAAGAACUGGAAGUACCCUCCUGUCGUGGGCCAGAACGGCUACGUCGGCUCUGCCACAUUCUCUCCCUAUGCUUCUUCCUUUAGCAAUUUUGAUCCGGCCACAAUGGACAAGAAUCGUGUCCUUCCUUUCCCCGUAGGUGAUAUUGAACGUACCACGUCCUGGGAGGAAGCCACGGAACGGUUCUGGUGGCUAGGCAAGCUGGCCAACGGCACAGACAUUGCGCCUGGCAAUUACACAAUGAGGUUCGCAGCUCGUCUUCCGUUCAGCAACCCUGAUCAUUCCGACAACUGGCAUAUCUGGGACACGCCUAAGAUCCAGGUUCGACCUCUACAGUGA